CCCUGAAGGUCCACUGACCUUCGUGUAGACUCUGGGCCAGCCGAGAAGGGAGCAUGGCCGAUUUCCAUCUCUUCUCCCCACAGCCCUAUGGGGAGCUAGCUGAAGAGCAAGAGUUCACGACCCAGCUGAGCUGGCCUGAGCUGUCUCUGAAUCCCUGGGCCCAGACUCCCAGCGCAGAGAUCGAGACCGAGGCGUCCUGGGUGCACCCGAAGUGUUCGCCCACCGGGCGGUCCCGCCGGCGUGGGUAUAUCGCCUCGACCCGAGAAAGCCACAGCCUGACACAUGUGGCCCGGAGGCCCUCGGACCGAGCUAGGAAGCACAGGUCCAGCAGCCUCCGCCUGGAAGAGGCCUGCAGGGAGGCACCGACCAAGUCCAGCAGAACCUGGCAGAAGCAGCAGCAGCAUCCACCGGAUCAGUCCAGCCCGCGAUACUCUACAGUCCGGGGAGAUUCAUCCCCGCAGUACCCGGGGAAAGCUUUCAGCCCGGCGAGUGCUGGGACUUUGCUUGUAGAAAAGACACACACUGGAGACCGGUGGGCAGUGCCGGUGUGCAGACGUCUCUGGUCCCCAUCCUCGGUUCUCACAGACAAGUCCUCUGUGCACUCCCAAGAGUUCUGGAAGCAAUUCACAUGUGUGUGCACCCAGAAUAGGAGUGACCGUGACCAGACUGAGUCCUUAAACAAGUACAACCGGCCCUUUGCCUCCUGCAAAGAGAAGAGUAGCCAUCGCGCUCAAGUCCUCAAGAGCAAGCUGGACGAGGCGGUGAUAUCUUUCAGGGACCAGAAGAUCCUGGCCCUGGUGCUGAACAGGCUCAAGAAGGCCCAGAGGAUGCGAGAGCUGCAGCAACAGGCUGCAGUUGCCUGGGAAGAGCUGAAGCGCUCAGACCAGAAAGUUCACCUGACCCUGGAGAGAGAACGCAGGCUGCUGCUGCUGCAGAGCCAGGAGCAGUGGCAAGGACAGAGGGGACAGCACAAGCUUCAGAGGGGCCAUAGCCAUGAGCAGCCUCACCAGAGCCACAAACAGCAGGGAUCGCGGCGAGACUGCCAGGCAAAAAGCGCGGUUCAGUCAGAGAACGAGAGUGGGAGAACUGUGCAAGCUGACAACCCAGAGACCCGAGGCCUGGACAAGAUGGACAAGGUGCAAGCUCAGGCCGAGCAACUCAAACAGUGUCAAGCACAGAGUCUGCGGGAACAGGAGAGGGUGCUGCAGAGUGUGCGGGACCUGAACAGGCUGCAGCUGCAGAAGAGGCUGGAGGUGGCGGGUCACAAGAGGGAACAGCAUGUGGUGGAGAACCCGAAGAAGGUCCAGGAGAGCAACUUGAGCACGGUUGUCAACUUCCAGGCCCGCAAGGUUCUCAUGGAUUGCCAAGCCAAGGCGGAGAAACUCCUCAGGAAACUGUCGCUGGAGCAGAGUUCCCAGAGCUCCCAGGACAUCCAAGAGGGUCUGGUUAAGGAGCGGCACAGAGAGCAGCAGCGGAAGGCCCAGACUGAGGCAGAGCAGUUCCAGAGAGUGAGAUGGCGUGCGGAGGAGGCAGAGGAGCUGCUCCAAAUGAGCAAGCGCGUGCUGGCAGAGCUGGCAGAACAGAAGAGCAGGCAGGCCAGGAGUCAUGCGCACAAGACCACCAAGGACAGGGCGCAGCACCUGCAGGAGCUGAACAUCCUGCGGGAGAGGAACCAUCAUAUCUUGAAGCUGAAAGCAGAGAAGGAGGAGAAGUGUCACAUUGAGGGCAUCAAGGAAGCCAUCAAAAAGAAGGAACAAAGGUUAGAGCAGAUGACCUCAGGGAAAGAUCCCAUUUUCCAGGAGUAUCAGAAGGUUCGUCCAGCCUCCAAGAUAAACCGCUGCUUUGACCAGGUGGCAGCAGAGACCCAGCUGCCCUUGCACCAGCAGGGUGGAGUCUACUGAGAACCCAGGAGGAAGAAGGCACAGCCUGGCAGCCAGACAAAGACAUCAUCAUGCAAUUCCGCUUUAUAAUCCGAUUUUAAUCGAGCAUUGAUUUUUUAAAAAGUAUAUAAAAUAGCUGCAUUUUCCUCCCA